AUGGUCUACGCCCGAAGGGUACUCCUGGUCCUCUCGAUCUGUCUGGUGCUCUUCGGGGCAGUCUCGGCUGGCUCUUCACGGAUCCAUUGCCGCAAAGGAGCGGCGACGGACCACCCGGCAGAACAGUCCUCAUUUUCAGCCUUGCUCGAGUCGUCUUCGCCGUCAUCGCUCAACGAGCUCCUGCACCGCUAUCUCCCGGGACGCUUCCAAGACGGUGUGUGGGCGUCCGAGCACCAGGCGGUUCAGGCCGUGCAUGAGGAGAAUGCGGCUCUAGCUAGCUCCAUCUUGCAGCUAGCGAAGCGGCAAGAAAACUCAACCACAACCACAAGCACGGCUACACCGACCGAGACUUCCACCACGUCGGUCGACCCGCCGCCGCCGUCAACGUCAACGUCAACAUCUGCAAGCCCUAGCACUACACCGACGCCAACGGGAACUACAAGUGUACCGCCUCCCACCAGCACCUCGCCCACCAGCACAGAGCCUUCUAGUUCCUCCUCACCACCUGGUACGUCCUCGAACCCAACUACUACUACUACCACUACUACUCCUUCUUCCCCGACGUUUUCCUCCACGACGUCUCGUAGGACUUCAUCCUCCUCUUCUUCUGCCUCGUCCUCCUCGAUAGCCGGAGACACGACCUUGACGACAUCCACUCUACCCGGUCAAACAACCUCGGCCCCGCUUUCGUCCAGGCCAAUCGUCCAGACAUUUACCAGAACCUCCAACGGCAAUGUCGUCACGCUCACUUCGACGACAUAUGUGCCCAACGAUGCGGCUCAGACACAGGGGCCGACCUCUACAAGGCCGGGCGGGACCCUGCAGAAUUCCGCCCCGCACAGGCUGAACUACGCCGGCCUGUGGCUGCUAACGGCUGGCGUGACGGCCCUCGCCGCUGUGGCGCUGCCGCUAUGGGCGUAGCCUUCUGUCCGCCCGUUUCUCGUUGGUGGUUUCUCUCAUGGGGUUUUGCAUUUAUAACUGCAUUGCGCGGGGUCUGGCUAUUUACUCUUCGGGUUUCUUUCCUUUGGCAUUCAUUGCUCAGCGGAUCAUCAAACUCAUUCCACGGCAUAGCAAGGAAGAUCAGGUUAUACAUAGUUACGGCAUCGGGAUGAUGGCCGCGGUAUUCACAUUCAUUUGAGCUUAGGACAAGGAUAAACGGUAUAGACUGGUUGGGCUGGCGGGCAGCCGCGGAGGGAACCGUACCUAAGGGGCACAUAGAAGGUAUCUAUGUUGAUAAUUGGUUGCUCGGGCCAUACCAAGCUAGUCGGAGGCAGAAGAC